AUGGUUUCAUUCUGCUCCGUCCUUCUUGGCGUGGCUGCCGUCGCGGGGGUCUUUGCCGCACCCAACAAUGUGCCGGGCGAUACCUUUGUCUCAAAGCGGGCCGGAACACCAAGCUCAACAGGGACUCACAACGGAUUCUACUACUCGUGGUGGACCGACGGCGGAUCCGAUGUCACGUACACCAACGAGGCAGCGGGCCAGUACAACGUCCGAUGGUCAAGCGGAGGUAAUUUCGUCGGCGGCAAGGGAUGGAACCCUGGAAGCCGCAGCAGAACCAUCACCUACUCAGGCACAUAUAGCCCCAACGGAAACAGCUACCUUGCCGUUUACGGCUGGACUCGAAACCCCCUGAUCGAGUACUACGUCGUCGAGUCGUUUGGUACUUACAAUCCUUCCUCGGGUGCUUCCAAGAAGGGUUCCGUCACUUGUGACGGAGGCACGUACGAUAUUCUUGUCAGCACGCGCACCAACCAGCCCUCUAUCGAUGGGACGAGGACUUUCCAACAAUUCUGGUCGGUUCGUCAGCAGAAGCGGGCCGGCGGCACCGUUACGACUGGGUGCCACUUUGACGCGUGGGAGAAGGCCGGCUUGAAGCUUGGCACGGAGUGGAACUACCAGAUUGUUGCUACUGAGGGGUACUUCAGCAGUGGCUCUGCUACCAUCAAGGUUGAAGGGCCAUAG